AUGCCAUUCACCGAUUCUGAUAUAUGCAAGAUCAUUUUAGCCAUAUUUCUGCCCCCGUUGGGCGUGUUUGCCGAAAAGGGCUGCGAAUGUGAUCUACUAAUUAAUAUAUUACUCUGUUGUCUCGGGUAUAUCCCCGUGGGCGCAGCCAUCGCGGCGCUGAUCCUCGUGGCCAUCGCUAUCGGCAUUUGGUUGAAACUGAGGCCAAAGGGCGACACGGGUUCGGCCGGCAGCGGUCUGGUGGGCAAACAGGAGUCGGCCAGCGGUGGGUCGGAGUCAGUAGUGGUCAGCAAACAGGAUUCGACGCCCAAAUUUGCGCCGCCCGGCGCUCAGCCAAAGCCAGCCCUCAGAAAACUCAGCGAGACUGGAGGCAAAGGGAGUGGAGCCGGUGCUGGUGGUGGACCAGGAGGUGCUGGUACCGGUGGUGGAGGUGGUGGUGCUGCUGGUGGUGGCAAAAGUAGUCCCGGUGUGACCAAG